GGAGGCAGAAAGCCCGAGGCCGAGCCGCAGGGGGUAGAGGGAGGUGCUGGUUCCAGACUCUCGUGGGUCGGCGUGCUCCUGUCUGCCGGGGGCGUCUCCUUCUCCGGGUCCCUCGUGCGCCUCCCGCUUUGGUGGGAGCUCUCCGAGUGCCUCUUUAGCGAGAGCCAAUAUCCUUUUGUGCUAAUAGGUUUGUCCUCAUUUGCUGCCUAAUUGGACUAUAUAAAGCCAAUAACAGGCGGGCUCUCAUAGCCCGAAGCCAAAGCGCCAAAAUCCGAGGGAAGGCGAGGAGGGGGGCGGUGGCAGAGGCGGCUGCGGGGCCCGGACUCGGCUGCGCCUUGGCCGGCCUAAUCCCAUUUGCCAUUGUACGCGCCCAAUCGCCGUAUACUCCCCGCAUUUAACUUGGAUGACAUUUUGAUUUCAUCAUUAGCAUCCGGCGCCGGAUUGACGCAUCCCAAACCCGGGACCGCUCUCGCAGCCUCCUCCCGGGGAGCCGCAGCUUCCACCCGGCCCCCUCGCUCCCAGGGAGCAGAGGCAGGUCCGCUCCCCGCCCCACUGGACCCCUCCCCCAUGCGAGCCCGCCCCGGCCCGGUCCCUACCCCGCCCUCCCGCGGCUUGAUUCGCGCCCGGGGCGGCCCCCGACUUUGAGCCCCGUAGUUGAGUUCCGUUUAUGGUCUGAUUUCCGGCCCCUAGCCUGCUCGCCCCGCCACCCGCCUGUCCCGCUCCCUCCCUCCGUGGGACCCGGAGGACUGGGGACCAUGCCGGAGCCCGGGCCGGACGCCUCGGGCACUGCCAGCGCGCCGCCCCCGCAGCCGCCACCCCAGCCUCCCGCGCCCAAGGAAUCCCCGUUCUCCAUCAGGAAUCUGCUCAACGGAGACCACCACCGGCCGCCCCCGAAACCUCAGCCGCCCCCACGAACGCUCUUCGCGCCGGCCUCGGCCGCCGCCGCUGCGGCCGCCGCUGCCGCCGCCGCAGCCAAGGGUGCCCUGGAGGGCGCCGCAGGCUUCACGCUCUCGCAGGUGGGCGACCUGGCUUUUCCCCGCUUUGAGAUCCCAGCGCAGAGGUUUGCCCUGCCCGCGCACUACCUGGAGCGCUCCCCGGCCUGGUGGUACCCCUACACCCUGACCCCCGCCGGCGGCCACCUCCCGCGACCAGAAGCCUCGGACAAGGCCCUCCUGCGAGACUCCUCCCCUGCAUCCGGCACCGACCGAGACUCCCCGGAGCCUCUGCUCAAGGCUGAUCCAGACCACAAGGAGCUGGACUCCAAGAGCCCGGACGAGAUCAUUCUGGAAGAGAGCGACUCAGAAGAAGGCAAAAAAGAAGGCGAGGCGGUGCCUGGCGCGGCUGGGACGGCUGUAGGGGCGACUGCGGCGACUCCGGGCUCAGAGGACUGGAAGGCGGGCGCCGAGAGCCCCGAGAAGAAGCCCGCGUGCCGCAAGAAGAAGACUCGCACUGUCUUCUCCCGCAGCCAGGUCUUUCAGCUCGAAUCCACCUUCGACAUGAAACGCUAUCUGAGCAGCUCGGAGCGUGCCGGCCUGGCCGCGUCGCUUCACCUCACCGAGACGCAAGUCAAGAUCUGGUUCCAGAAUCGUCGCAACAAGUGGAAGCGACAGCUGGCGGCAGAGCUAGAGGCCGCCAACCUGAGCCACGCUGCUGCGCAGCGCAUCGUGCGCGUGCCUAUCCUUUACCACGAGAACUCUGCCGCCGACGGUGCGGCGGCGGCCGCCGGGGCCCCCGUGCCGGUCAGCCAGCCGCUGCUCACCUUCCCGCACCCAGUCUACUACUCGCACCCUGUGGUCUCCUCCGUGCCGCUGCUACGGCCGGUGUGAGACCGGAGAGGGGAGAGGGAGUGAGCACCUGGCCGCCUUUCGGGGACCCCGGAGGAGACUGGGCUGGGUCAAGGGCGCCAAGCUGUGGCCAGCGGCCUUGAGAACCAGGGCUUGGGCUCACUGCCUUGCCUCCCACCCCACCCCCCAAUAGCAUUUUGUAAGUAUUUGCAAUGCAUUUUCGUGCAAUUCAUUCCUAUGAAUUUGAGGCGCUUCUCCUCUUAUUUUUGGUUUUGCUUACCAUUGCAAGAAAAAGGGAUGGUAGGGCUACAAAAUUCCCAGGUCAAAACUUGCAACCGAAAGUUUUUUUGAUAAAUGUAAAACUCUCCCCUUAAAUUUUUGUUGCGCUGUGGCUUUUCUUUUUUCUUUCUUUUUUUUUUUUUUGAGGGGGGUGUAUUUUUACAGAAGGAAAAUAAGCGCAAAACCCAACUUCCUUUAGUUUAUUCAUUUUGUAUAGAACUAGUUUCAAAAUCCAGAGAGAAUUCAAAUUUUGAAUUCAUAUUUAUUUCUGGAUUUAUGGGUGUGGUUCUUCUCCCCUGUCCCAGAAUCAACUACCCCACAUACACACACCCGGUUUUUUUU